GCCCCAAUGUUUUGAGUGCUUGGCAUUUUUGAUUGUCCCGUUGUUGUUGCAAGGAGAGAAUUUGCUUUCCAAUCAAGAGAGAUGUCGCAUUAUGUUUAUGUCGCGUAAGCUCCCGGUCCUAAGCUGGGCCGUUUUUUCCUUCUCCAAGACGAGCUGUUUUCGGAUAUUUUGAUGUUUUUCAGCGUAUUCAUGAUGAGUUAUGCAGAAAAGCCAGAGGAUAUAACUAAAGAUGAGUGGAUGGACAAACUCAAUAAUGUACACAUUCAGAGAGCGGACAUGAAUCGACUAAUCAUGAAUUAUUUAGUAACAGAAGGGUUUAAGGAAGCAGCAGAGAAGUUCCGAAUGGAAUCUGGAAUUGAGCCAAGCAUAGAUUUGGACUCCUUGGACGAGCGGAUAAAGAUUCGGGAGAUGAUUCUCAAAGGGCAAAUUCAAGAAGCUAUUGCACUCAUUAACAGCCUUCACCCAGAACUUUUAGACACAAAUCGCUAUCUCUACUUUCAUCUGCAGCAACAGCACCUGAUCGAGCUGAUCCGCCAGCGGGAGACAGAGGCAGCGCUGGAGUUUGCGCAGACGCAGCUGGCGGAGCAGGGCGAGGAGAGCCGGGAGUGCCUGACAGAGAUGGAGCGCACUCUGGCAUUGCUCGCCUUUGACAACCCAGAGGACUCGCCUUUCGGGGACCUGCUGAACAUGAUGCAGCGCCAGAAGGUGUGGAGCGAAGUAAAUCAGGCUGUGUUAGAUUAUGAAAACCGGGAGUCAACACCAAAACUUGCAAAACUGCUGAAGUUGCUACUAUGGGCUCAAAAUGAACUAGACCAGAAGAAAGUGAAAUACCCGAAAAUGACUGACCUCAGCAAGGGAACAAUUGAAGAUCCCAAGUAAACUGCAGACUGGUGUGUGUGAACUAUAGGGACUAAAAGGACACCUAUGCUUUUCCUCUUAUUUAUAAUCAGUCUGUGACUGGACCAUAUAUUAUUAUUUUUGCUUAUGACCGAACUUAAUAAAUUGAUUGUGCAAACUAGAUUGUUGAAUUUAAAAGUGAUAUACCAGAUACUAGGCCAAAAACUACAUUUUCAGACACUGAAAUUCAACAGUUGAAACUUUAACUGCACAUUAAAGUUAAGGAAAGAUGUUAUCCUUUAUAAACCACUCUUUUGUUUUGUUGAACAUUGCUUUUUUAAAUACGUGGUUUAAAAGCCAAUAUACUUUAUCAAAUUAUGGAGUAUGGAGAUGAGGGUGUGUACAUACAGUAUACAUGUAUUUUAAGCCUAAAUUAGGCCCCUAAAUAAGGGAUUGGAUGAAUCUUUUAAAAUUGAAACGCUCUGCCUGGUAAGAUCACAUCUCAUGUAAUACAUGAAUGGCAGUAAUCUGUCGACUUUAGUCAGAACUGUUAAUAGUUUAUUAAAAUAAGCAAUCUUAAUGAGCUGUGAACUACUAAAGGUAAGGCAUAAAAACAUUGCCAUUAAUUUAACUCAAAAUAAUUUUUAUUACUUGUUUGCUUUUUGCUGAACAUAAGCAUGCACGGUUGUCUCUUUUUGUAAUAUUUGUUAUAAAAGGGUACUAGGGAAACUUAUGCCCAAUAAAUGUUCAUAAGUUGUCAAUGCAUUGUAAUACUUUCUAUAUUGCAGGAAAUCACUGUUCAUUUCAUCAUAGAUUUUAUUGUAUAGAAACAGAUUGUGAUUACAGAGAAUAUAAUCAUCCCACUAAGUAACAAAGGUUUUUGCAAUCGGGUUUAAAAAUGUUAAAUAAAUGAUUCUUUUGAAACAAGUGAA